CAACAACGACCAUAUGGCUUAGAAAAUCUAAUAUAUUUGACACACAGUAAGCUCUUCAUUUGCUGUGUUUCUCUUGCAAAUCUGAGUCUUUUUCAUCAUUCUUGAAUCUGUGUUUCAAGAUGGAUUACAGUGUCUGCAUGUCCUCAACAGGGGAAGAAAAGAAUUCCACAUCUCAAGUGAUUCAGGUGCAACAAUGUUACUGCUGUAUGACUGCAGAUGAGGAGGAUCUUAUCAGAAGACUGCACAAUCUUCUUGGAGACAGGUGGUCAUUGAUUGCAGGGAGAAUUCCAGGAAGAACAGCAGAAGAGGUAGAAAAGUACUGGAAGCUGAAAACAGAGUCCCAGCAUAUGUGCUCUUCUCACAAGAAGGAGAUACUGAAACCUGUGUGCAGUAGGCUUCAGCCAUCUAUUGAGAGUACCCCUAGUUGGUUUAGAAUCAAAAGUGGUUUUGUUAAAUACCAUUUGCUAGCAAAGCAUUAGAAAAAUGAGUUCAGAUCAUUUCAAUUUCUUUUUUUGUAUAAUCCAUCUUUGUGAUUUCCAAUGUUUUAUCAGUGACCUUUUAUUGGGUUGCCAAUUAGUCUGAUUUAAUUUACUCAGCAGGUUGAGAUUUUCCUAAUUUUAUCCAGUAAUCUAUUUUUCUGUGUAUUGCAAAUUA